CCGAUUCCACUGGCGGCUGAUGUUUGAGAGCGCAGACAUCACCAUGCUCCGCCUCCUGGAAGCUUUCCUCAAGUCGGCGCCACAGCUGGUCCUCCAGCUCAGCAUCAUGAUCCACGGGAACGCCGUACUGCCGCUGCAAGGUCUGUCGGCCUCAGCCUCUCUGGUGUCGCUGGCCUGGAUGAUCGCGUCCUACCAGAAGGUUCUGAGGGACUCGCGUGAUGACAAGCUGCCCAUGUCCUACAAGGCUGUCAUUGCCCAGAUCCUGUGGCACCUGUUCACCAUAGGGGCCAGGACCGUGGCCUUCGCCCUCUUCGCCUCAGUCUUCCAGCUCUACUUUGGAAUCUUCAUCGUCAGUCACUGGUGUAUAAUGACCUUCUGGAUCAUCCAAGGCGAGACAGACUUCUGCAUGUCCAAGUGGGAGGAAAUAAUCUACAACAUGGUGGUGGGUAUCAUCUACAUCUUCUGCUGGUUCAACGUCAAGGAAGGGCCUAGCCGCCUCCGCAUGACCGUCUACUACGCCGUGACGCUGGCCGAGAACGUGGCGUUGACGGCCGCCUGGUACACGUACCGCGGCCCGCAUACCUCCGACUCCUACGCCCUGGUGGUGGUGUGCCUGGUGGCCUGCAGCUUCGCCCUGGGGACGUUCUUCAUGCUGGUCUACUACUGCUGGCUGCACCCAGACGGGCCAGUCCUGGGCACAAACUGGGCAGGGUGUGUAGAUGAGGGCAUGGUGGGCGCAGGCGGGGUGGCGGGUGUCAUCGAUGCCUGCCUCACCCCAUCUCAAGGCUCGCAAACAGAUAUGGUGAUCACCAGUCCUCCCAGGACUCUCCCCAGGACUAAAGACACGGGGGACAUGGUUCCAGGGGAGCAGGAAAGGGACAGGGAGAGGGAUCGGGACAGUUGCCUGCCAGUCUUUCAGGUGCGUCCGUCUCCUUCAUCCUCUCCGGCACUCCUUCACAGGACCUCCUCCUCACAAGAGGGACCUGUGAUCCGGAUUGACCUUCCGAGGAAGCGAUAUCCGGCCUGGGAUGCCCACUUUAUCGACCGGCGUCUCCGCAAGACCAUUCUCCUUCUGGAGACCACAUCGGCGGUCAGUCCCAGGAUACAGUACAGGAGUAGCAUGAUGGGCAGUAAGGAGGUGCUUGAGUACGAGACUACGGUUUAA